CGACUUUAGAAAUAUUUUUUCCAAUUUGUGUUCCAUAUAAUCUAUAUAAGGUUACAUGGACUAUAAUAUAGAUUGCGAACCAUAAGAAUUUUCGAGUUUUCCAGAGUAUUCUUGUCGCUUAAACGUUUGGAAAGAAGAAGACUCAAAUAAUGAUAAUCAUCAUCAUCGUCAAAAUCUUGUCAGUGUCACAGAGGAACCUUGUAAGUUUUGUUUAUUUACAUCCGUCUACCUACCUACUGUCAAAACAAACCUUUCGGGUCCCGUACUUCUAAUUAAUAUUUAAGACCUUUUGUCUCAGAAGUCAUCAAAUUCUGACGUCAGAAGUAAGGGAAUUACUGAGGGUUUUGCAUUCUUAAAGGCUUUUUCAUUAUAUUUGUAUGAAUAGAUGUUUUCUUAUUAAAUUUAAAUGUGAUGGUGAGUUUCAUAACCAGUGAAUUAUUACCAUAAUUUGAUAACUUCAUAAAUAAAAUUAAGUUCUGGAAUGAAAGCAAGUAAUUUUUGACAUUUCAUUACCGAUUCAUUUCCAGCAAAUGCAGUUUGAUACUUGUAAUACUUUGUUUUGUUUUACUACAUGUACUUUGUUUGUAAUGCAUUUGUUUGAAGGAUUCAUCUCUAAUUAAUAAUGAGUUUUUCCUUUUAAAGAAAUUCCAUGAUUUUAAAUGAAGCAGUAGUAUCAGUAAUUCUUGAAUGCCAUUGUGUCCUUAGUGAAGUAUAUUUGAACUGUUGCAAUGGGAUGAAGAUUUUCUGAAUUAUAUAUUGUAUAAGAAAAAUUAUAUUUUGUAAACUGCUCAUUUGCAACAUUUUAAGGUACGUAAUGUGUUUUUAUGUGGAGGUAAACUGUUGAAUGUAAGAACCUUUUUUGUAAAAAAAAAAUCAGAAUUUUGAAGCUCACUGAUCCUGUAGUGAAUCAAAAGUUGUAUAAUCAUGGCAGCAUCUGAAGACAUCGAGGCAAAAAUGAAUCCAGAACUUCCUCUAGAAAUUCAUUUGAAAAGUGAAAUAGAAACUCAUUUAAAAAGUGAAAUAGAAAUUCAUUGGAAAAGUGAAAUUGAAGAUACAUUACCAGUCUCCCCUGUCAGUCAUGAAGAGGAAAAUUUUGUUCAUUGUAACUCUGAGACAGAAAAUCCAUUAUCAGUCUCUCCAGUCAGUCAUCAAGAGGAUAUGGAUGGCUGUAGUGCUGAAACUGAAGAUCCAUUAUUUGUUUCUCCCACCAGUCAAGAAGAAAAGGAUUCAGCUGGCUGUAGUACAGAUUCUAAUGACGUAUCUGUGCCUUUAGAUCCGAUCGUAAUAAUAAAGACUGGGCCAGAUCCGAUCGUGAUAUUCAAAAAAGAGCCAGAAACGGAUGAGGAUGAUGAAAGGGAAGUCAAAUACUCUUGGGUAAUGGACUUGGCAAAUAGUAAUAGUGCUGAGAAUCGUGUGGAAGUUCAAACAAAGGAGAAGCAAAAACCGAGUGAUGGAACUGAUGUAAAAAUUCGCAGUGGAAAGCAAAGGCUGAAGUGUGUCAUUUGUGGAAAAAAAUUUGGUAAGAAAUCUCACCUCAAAGUUCACAUUUUAAGUCAUACUGGGGAGAAGCCAUUCAGAUGCAACGAAUGUGGGAAAGGAUUCUCGGAGAACCACAGGCUCACGAAGCACUUGAGAAUUCAUACGGGUGAGAAGCCAUUCAAGUGCAAGGUGUGCGGGAAAGCAUUCUCACGGAAGAGUUAUGUCAAUGCUCAUGUUAAGAGGCAUGCUGGGGAAAAGCCUUUUAUGUGCAGUGAAUGUGGGAAGGCAUUUGCUGUGAAAAGGAAUCUCGAGUAUCACAUGAGGGUUCAUACUGGGGAGAAGCCGUAUACCUGCGAUCAGUGUGGAAAAGCCUUUUCCAUGAGAAAUAGUUUCAUGACUCACAUGUACAGUCACACUGGGCAAAGGCCGUUUGUUUGCACUGUAUGUGGAAAAGCGUAUACCAAGAAAAGUAAUCUCAUUAGUCACAUGAAUGCUCACACUGGUGAAAAACCAUACAAAUGCAGUGUAUGUGGAAAAGACUUUGCUCAGAAGUUUAAUCUCGAAUGUCACAUGAAAAUUCAUACAGGAGAGAAGCCAUAUAAGUGUAGUGAAUGUGGAAGAUCGUACCUGUACAGAAGCCAUCUCAAAAAGCACAUGAAAAUCCAUACGGGAGAAAACCCGUUAUAUGAUUGCAGGGAAUGUGGUAAGACAUUUUUGCAGUCAAAUGACCUGAAGAGACACAUGAACAGUCACACUGGAGAAAAGCCUUUCAGCUGCACUAUCUGCGGGAAGGGCUUUUCUGAAAAGAGUUCCCUUACAAAGCAUUUGAGGAUGCACACUGGGGAAAAGCCCUUUACCUGCCCGGAAUGUGGAAAAGCCUUUUCACAGAAGGGCCAUCUUACAGUUCACAUGAACAGCCAUACUGGAGAAAAGCCGUAUAAAUGCCACGAGUGUGGGAAAGCAUAUUCUCAUAAAAAUAAUUAUCAAAGUCAUAUGAUAAUUCACACUGGUGAGGAAUUGUAUCGAUGUGGGGAGUGUGGGAAAGCGUUUUAUCCAAGAAGCAAGCUCUUGAGACACAUGAAGACUCAUACAGGAGAAAAGCCAUACAAAUGCAGUGAUUGUGGGAAAGCCUAUGCUGACAAACGUGACCUCAUAAGACAUACGGCUAGUCACACUGGAGAAUAACCACCUAUUAGCAGUGAUUGUGGCCAAAUGUUUUUGUAUAAAACUGUUAUCACAAGUGUGAGUAGUCUCACUGUGAAGAAUUUAUUUUUAAUAAAUGUAAGUUAACUAAGUUAACAAAUCAUGCUAUAGUAAAGCUUCCUAGGUGCUGUGAAUGGGGGAAAAUUUGCAAGGAACACACUUCUAUAGUAAAUGUGAGAAAGUGUGUCUAAGGAAAAUCAUCUCAUUAGAGAGGAACUACAAAAAGAUGUUACAAAACUAAUGAUGAUUCACAAAACUCAGGAGGCAUUCAGGUGCAUGUAUCUGAGAACUGUUUUGUGAAAACCUGUAUCAUAAUACACACAAAAUAGAAGAUAUUCACUUGCGUAUGUAAAAGGGUAUUCCUUGACAAUGUAUCCGAUAGACGUGGUAGUAAGUUAAACUGUCCGGUAAACUGAUCUUAUGCAAUCAUGGUUUGAAAGAGCUCUUAAAAAGUGUAAGGAUUCAAGUACAGUAGAGUAAAAGCUGUCUGAGAGAGAAGUAUUUCACAAUGGAGCAUGUGAAAUUGGUGUAGAACUCUUGAAUUUAAUUUUUUUUAGAAUAUUGCAUAAUUUUUAUAUUUAUUUAUCACAAAAGACCCUUGGCAGAAAGAAGCCAAUGAAACCAGUCUUGUACAAAGUUUGAAAAAUAUCGUGGGAAAGGGUUAUUGGUAAAAAUGGUUUUUUUCUCUUAUGUGAAAAUUAAGUUGUUUCUUCACAAUGCAUAUACAAACCUUCGGUCAUUUAAAACUCUUGAACAAGUGGGUUAGGUAGUAACUUCCAUCCAGUAGGUGGGAUACCUACCUGCCUGGUAAACAUUCCUGUUUGCUUUCAGCUGUCAAGCGAUGCAGAUGUGUUUUCACAAGCUCUUGCCUGACUGUCGUUGAACUCCUUUUUUUUUUUUUUUUUUUUUUUUUCCCAGUGGGAUCUUUUCUUAUAUUAUUUCUGUGCAUAUAUUGAAUAUAUACUGUUUAAUAUUAUUAAUAUACAAGCCCACAAUUUGUGGUAGCCUUGCAGGCUGCCUUCCCCCAGAGUGUGUGUCUCAGACAGGAUCAGUGGCCAAGGGUGUAACAUUCUCUCCUAUCACACCUGACCUUUGAUUAAGGGCAUGACAGGAUAUUUGUUAUGAUUAUGACAUGUUGCUCCUGCUGCUCGCACUGUCAGAGAGUUUCCCAGGAGGAAAAACUUCGGAGCCUUUGCCCUCAGUUUUUCUCUCCUUGUAUAUUUUCCUUAUGUCAUCUCCAUCGGGAGGGAUAUUUCCCUUGCCCUCUUCGCUCACUUGUCGGUGGAGGAAGAGAGGUGGUGGUGGGGGGGAUGUUGGCAAUUGGAUGGUGUGUUCUCAGGGGUCUCCUCUCGCUUUAUAGGUCAGUGCCCUUCAGAACUAGAGUCUCCUUUUAUUGAUUAUCUUUUCUUUUUUCUUCAGGUUGACAGUGAGCAGUCAUAGGGCACAGCAGUAGAUGGUUGGAUAUCUCACUGUCUUGUUUAUCCUAACCUUUGUGUGUGUGUGUGUGUGUGUGUGUGUGUGUGUAGUUACCCUGAUGACCAGUCACUGGGCAGCUUCUGCUGUGCCUCUGGCCCCAGCUGCCUUGUGACUCCUGCCACAGUUCAGUUGCUAUUGGGCGACAGCCAAUUGGUCGACAUAGCAACAGGGCAACAGCUAACUGGUCAACAGGAAAACUAGGCAACAGCCUAGGGCAAGAUUUUUUGCUAUGUAAAUAGUAUAUUUAAGUACUAUUUAUAAUAGUACUAGACAUGACAGACAUUGGCAUUGAUUACAAAUUGAGUUUAUUAGAAAACAACUGGUCGAGACUUCACUAUGUAAGUAGUAAAUUAUGCAAAUAGUAAUAAUGUAGCUGGGUGUGUUGCUGGCUGUUCCAUAGCUUUUGCUUCAAGUUUGUUUUCAGCCUAUGCACUGCAGCGUCUUCACAUCAUGGUGCAUGCAUGUGUUCUUUAGUCCACCGCACUUCCAUUUUAUUGUCAUCACCUACUGACACUGCUCUACCAGUACAUGUUUUUCUUUUGUCAUUUCCAAUAUGUGGUAUGUUGUCUUGUCCUGUCCCUUGUGUAAAUUAAUCCUUUGUGCACAAGUUUAUCUUUGCAUUUUGGUGAGGUUAUGAAUUUAGCCAUGAUGCAGGUUGAGUAACGUCAGUAGUGGUGUAACAGAAUGAAUGGGACGACUGGUUGUGGCCCAGUUGCCCCUGAACCCCUGCCACUACUAAUGACAUUUCUUAAUCAACAUCCUGUAGGAGAAGCACUGUGGAAGAAACAUCCUACUCCAUUGCCCUUCCCUUCUUUUCCUGAGGCUCAAGGAGAUCCAAGGAAAGCCAAAGAAGACGAAGGCCCCCCCCCCUCCCCCCCCCCCCGUUACGGCCUUUGAGAGAGGUCCGCUUCAGGUUCGAUAUGAAAUAAUAAUAAAAAAAAAAUAUUUCAACACCAACAGUUGAAACUGGGAAUACGAAUAUAGAAAGAAACACUAACACAACAAAGGUUUAUUUACAAGCUUACUAACAAAGGUAAAUGCAGAAUGGUAUCUCCUAUUUACAUAAAAAAAAUAGACUCUUACACUGCAUGUACUGGGGGAACAGUGAGGCAAUUCAAGUACUUGCUAGUCAAUUUGGCAAUUCGGGGUGAUGGCUUCUCAAAAGGAAAAUGGUGAUUGCAGAUGUCCUCUUGACUCCGUAUUGCAGAAACUAGUCUUCUUGUAAGGCAGGAACUCUUCUCUGAAGUCUGCUUGACGUCGAGAUAACAAGAGAUGAUUCGUCCACCCCUGAAGACGAGACCAGUAUCCAACCAACUCCCGAGCAACUUUUUUUCUGAUCGUUCGUUGGUUCCUUCGUCUCUAGUCUCUCUCUGCUGCUGAUCUCUCACUGAUAUUCUGACCAGUGGCUCUUACUGAGAAUAUCUCUCUGUGACUAACAGGUGUCUCUCUUCUAUGAUCUCUGCUCUCUCUUGCUACGACCGUCGUAUUUAUACGGCACUCUGGGGGCGGAGCCUAUGGCGAACUUCACAGACUUCAGGGAUAUCUAGAACUUCUUAGAUGAAUCUAGACGAGGUAUUGCAUCAGAAAUCGCGGCGUUUCUCAUGUCCCGACAAGUUCCACAACACUCCUGGCGAUUCUAGAACCAUCAUGAUAACAGGCACCUCCAACACAAUGCGCCAAUGCCUCCUUGCUGCUGAACUUCUCGAAAAUGCGUUCUCCUUUCCUUUAUCUUUCUUUGCUAGGAAGCAAUUACCAUCACCCCCCCCCCCCCCCCCAGUCCUUCUGCAGGAUUUCUAAGGGGCUGCCUCCUCCUGAGGAGGCAGUGAGAUCUCUCAUUGGCUCUUCCCAGCCUUUGGGUUCAGGAACUGAUUCUCAUGCCCCUGAUUUUUGUGUUUCAGAUGUGGCAGCUCAAGCUUCAGUUUAGAUUGCCAUCACCAGUUCUAGAGGUUCCGGCUCUAGACUUGGAGAAACGGGCACUUGUUCGCCAGUUUCUCCAAGUGUUUGUGGCUCUAACAAAAUGCAAGCAUCAUGAACUGCUGACUUGAGAGUCCUCUCACCAUCCCAGUUCAGGCACAGAGUGAGAGAAAAGGUGAGACAUUCACGUGUCUCGUCUCUUCCUAGGAGCAUUACCGUUAGCACUUGCUGAGUGCUCGCCCAGGUUCCCACCUGGUAUUUUGAUUCUGAUGAUUCAAACACCUGGAGAGUCAGGGAGGAGGUUCCCAUGAAAGUUCUACAUAAUAGUGAUGGCCUCUCUCCGAGUGUUGAUCGUUUAGACCAGUGUGGCAGGAUAAAUUAAAUGCAGACAUAAAAAACUGACUUUAUUUACCUCUGAGCUCCGACCUAACAAGUGUCUACAUCAUUACCUCUCAUUAUCCUUCCUGCUCACAACAUAAACAAACCUCACAGACAAAUGGCGAGCGCAAAGUGCAACAUUAUACACAAAUAUUCUCAACAGAGUUAACACCGAGGAGGCAGUGGUUCUCUCAUUGGCCCUUCCAAGGGCAGGGUCCAAUUCCCAUUCUCCUAUGGGGCCUCACAUUGUUCUUACAAGAUUCAGGAGUCUCACCGAGCGCUUGAAUUUAUUAUUUCAGGCACUUACCAAGCUCUUGGAUACUUUCGAAUCGUGCACUCAGGAGGCGAUAAGACCGCUCCUUGAUGAUUGUUCUUACGAGAUUCGGUACUCUCACUGAGAACUUGAGUUCCUUAGAAUUUCUGGCGCUCGGAUUCCUUGGAAUCACGCGCACUCGGAAAUCGAUUGUAGAUUGGGAGUCUUGCCGAGCACUCAGAUUCCUUGGAACUUUGAGAGCUCACCGAGUGCUCUCCUUUUUUAGAAUUGUGAGCGCUUUGCUGGUGUAUUAUCCACUGCCCGGGAUUUUAUGGAAUCUUGAGCAUUUCUCAACCAGUACAGGUGAGUUCGCUCUCGAGGCAGACUCCUGACAGGACCUGUGAUCCUUCAUUUUCUGUAAGGCUUAACUUCUUUGAAUGCAGUCAUUCCUGAAGGAAUUCUGCCUUGUGGAGACUGUCCCAAUCUGGGUGGGGCUCUUCUACCCAACACCAGACAGCAACCUGGGUGAUUCUGGUGCUAAGCAGAACGACUUUGUUCUAAUUCAGAUCUCCAGAUUCUUAUGUCCUGAGUCAUCUCGACCCAGAGGAACAAUCCUUUACUCAGUUCUGUCUCUCUCUUUUCAGAGAAUUGACAGAUACUGCAGUAGUCAAGGGUUGUGAGAGAGUGAUUGCCUUUUCCUUCAGGUAUUGGUCAAGACCUUUGGAUCUUUAUCAUCAUUUGACGAUGACCUUAUGGUCAGGCCAGCCCUUCCUUGGUCCCCUAAGAAGUCUCAGGCUUUGAAGAGCGAUCACAGAAGCCUUCUUCUGUUUCUCUUCUGGGAAGAGGGCAGAAGGAAAGAUUGCUGGUACCUCGAUGAAGGGUUGCUUGUCGAGUCUCUGGACUUAACAGCUAUCAUUCAGGAAGUACCUGCUCACUUCUGGACCUCGGUCAUCUUCCAUUGAACUUCCACCUUUCCUCUGUUCCCAUUUCAGUGUCCUGUUGUCGCCAUAGAAGCCUGCCAUCGGGAUAGCUUUUCCUUUGCUCUUUUCCUGAGAGAAUGGAGGAGGUCUGCUAACAGCCUUUAAUCUUUUCCUCCUCUGAAUGAUGAGGAAGAAAUUAGGCUGGUGAUCGAUCAACAGGAGCCUUUUGAAUACACUUGUAUAUUUUCCUUGGGACAUAAGUAGGGCCUACAUUUGUUAUCAGAUGCACUGACUGUAGGACAGUUGUCUUUAAGUGUGUGACCAAGAUGAUAAGUACCUUCUCAUUAACAUCCUGAAACUCGAGGCAACCUUUCGGGUCCUCUGAGAGAUUCGGAAUUUGAUUUUCAGACGCUCAGUGGUGUUGUCAUUUAUCACCAAACAGGAUCCUUUCAUUUCCCUCCUGUUUUGGUUAACAUGCAGGUAUUCGAUUGUAACUGUACUGUGUACCUAAUAACUCUAUCAGCCAAACACAUUUCCAAAUGAAUGCACUGGCCGGCAACUCAACCUCUGGAUUCGAUUGAUGGGCAGGGUACUGCUUUUCUCACUGAGAGAUUGUUAGUCUUUUAGUCUUAGUAUUGUUUCUCCUUAGUCAAGGUUUAAAUACUAAUGAGGAACCUCUGUCUUGCCAUCACAGAGACCCAAGGUCUCUGAGUGGCAUUUGACUCUUGCUUAGGGUUCUUGCCUCUUGCUCUGCACACACUCUUGCAAGAAACAUCAGACAGAAAUACAGUCCGGUCCCGAAUUAUGCGUGUUCGAAUUGUGCGAUUCCCCUUUUAUGCAGUCACUAGUUCUCAAAAAUAGAUUUCAUACAAUGAACUUACCUGUCAGAUAUAUACAUAGCUAAGACUCCGUUGUCCCCGACAGAAAUUCAAAUUUCGCGCCACUCGCUACUGGGCGGCAGGACUAGGAACCAUUCCCGUUUUCUAUCAUAUUUUCUCUGUCGCCGGUGGUAUCAACAUUGUUGUUACUACCUCCUGACUGGAAUUCGCUUUUCAAGACUUUAUUGAUCAUCUUUAUUGGAUUUCUUGGUGACGUACUGGAUCGUUGUUUUGGCAUUCGCUACUGUGGACUGGAUUUGGACUUGCUUUUGAUUUUUCUAAUAGAAUGUCUGAUUCAAGUGUUAGUGUGAGAGUGUGUGUGAAUGUAGGCUGCAAGGUGAGGAUACCGAAGGCUUCGGUUGAUCCUCACACUGUAUGUCGUAAAUGUAGGGGGUUUGACUGUUCUUUGGCUAACACCUGUAUUGAGUGUGAAAAGUUGGAUGCUAAUGAAUGGAAGACUCUAACUUCUUACUUGAAGAAGUUAGAGAGGGAUAGGAUUAGACGGGCUGCACAAAAGAGUGUGAGUACAAGGCCUAUUGAGCCUUUUUCUGAGUCCAACUCUCCUUUUGUUAAUGAAUAUGAUUCUCCCUAUGUAUCUGAAUCCUCACAGGCUUUGCAUUCGGAUUCAGCUUCUGAAAUCGCCAAUCUGAAGGCUACUCUUCGUAAAAUGAAGACAAAGAUGGCGGCCAUGCAAGGUAAGGCUAGUGAUUGUGAUUUACUAAGUGAAGUGAGUGUUCCCAGUGUUGUGGAGGGGGCGUCUGACCAUCCCUGCGAUGCUCCCAGGCCUAGACCUCUUCCAAACUCACAUACCCAGAGGAGUAGGAAAGUCGAAAGUCGUACGGAGGUUUUGGGGAAUCCCCAACGGUCAGGCGUCCCUUCAGCAGGUUCUGUUUCGUUACAGUCUGCUCAGGACCGCUCAAAUAGAAGCGUCCUACGAGAUUGUUUCUCGUCGUCCGGUUCUCCUUCACCUAAACGAGGGUGGAAGGACUCGGAUCUUUCUAGGCCACUGAAAAGGCAUUGGAAAGAGCGCGCGUUCGACUCGAGCCCGGAACGCUUCUCGGAGGAAGCUCCUUCUUCUAUCAAGAAGGCUAAGCUGGUUUCGACGCCUCCUAGAGCAGUAUUUGAGGAUCGCACUCCUUUGAGUUCUCCUGCUUCUUCUAUUGAAGAGGACGCUGGGGUGGCUUCCAAGAGGAUAUUGCUUGCAGUUCAAGAGCAGAUUGCCUCUUUGGUUGGAGUUCUUUCGAGGGAUCCCCCUCGCAAGAAGGACGCUAGACUUCCUAUUAAGAAGUCUCGUCUUCUUUCACCAGCCAGACGUGAAGCGUCCGCCAGACAUGGGACGUCUUCCAGGCGCGAAGAGUCGUACAAACGUCAGGAUCUAUCCGAGCGAGUUGCUCUAGAUCAGGAUACGCUCAGGCCUGAGGCGCCAGCCAGGCGCGAGGCGCCAGUUAGGCGUGAGGAUUCAGCCAAGCGCGAGGCGCCAGCCAGGCGCGAGGAGUCAACAUUGCGUGAGGCGCCAGACAAGCGCGAGACGUCAGCCAGGCGCGAGAUGCCAGCCAGGCUACACGCUCCAGCCAAGCGUGAAGCGCCAGCCAAGCGCGAGGCGCAAGACAAGCGCGAGGCGCCAGACAAGCGCGAGGCGCCAGCCAAGCGCGAGGAGCUGUUCAGGCGCGAGAAGUCAAGCAGACGCGAGACUUCUUUUAGACGUGAGAGAGAGUCGGUUCACUCUAUGAGCCCCUCUCCUAGUAGGAGUUUGUCACCAGUAGAGAGAGAACGGGAUGAAGAUCCUCUCGUUUUUCAGGCCGAUUCUCCACAAGGUGUAGAAGGAGAUUCGGAAGAAGAGGGUGACGGUAGAGAAGGAGUCUCGAACUAUAAAGUUCUGACUGACCUUCUUUUACGGGAAUACGGAGAUUCUUUAACUCCUGCCGCUCCUCCUUCGCCUCGAUCACUGUUUUCGAGUGCGAUUGUGCCUAAGUCUUCGUCGGUCUUGAAGAUGAGACCUACGAUCUCUAUGAAGAGAGCGCUUCAGUCCUUAGACAAAUGGAUGUUGUCUAAGAAGGAUCUGGGCAGGACCACCUUCUGUAUGCCUCCAGCCAUACUUUCUGGCAAGAGAGGUUUCUGGUACCGAACUGGGGAGAACAUGGGCCUUUCUCUUCCAGCGGCAGCCGAAGCGGACUUUUCAACCUUGGUUGACUCGUCAAGGAGACACGCUUUGAAUGGAGCUCGCGUGUCUUGGGCGAUUUCGGAGACGGAUCAUCUCCUCAAGGGACUCUUCCAUAU